GCGUCGCCUUGCGCAGUGAAAGCCUAACGGUAGCUGCGGUGUUGGGUGCUGCUCUGCUUAUGCAAUUCUAGCCAUGGCGAGUCGGCGACAGGCAGCCACCUGCGGGAGCCCUCGGUCCUUCUGACACGCCGUUCCCUUCGAGUGAUUCUUCUCGCUGGCGCCGGGAGACGCAAUUUCGAGAGCGACAAGGUUGGAGAGCAACACCGCCUCCUAACCAAUGCAACUAUGCGCUUCGUCUUCUUUACAGCGCUCCUGUUAGCCUUCUGUCCAAAUCAUGGAAAAGUCCGAUCAGCUGUCGUGCCAGGGUACCUGGACUUCGACAACUUGCCGGACACGAACUUCUCGUGCGACGGAAAGGUGAUCGGCGGCUACUACGCCGAUGUGGAGACGGGAUGCCAGAUGUUCCACGUGUGCACCAUCGGCCAAAAAGGAGAAAUAACCGACAUAAAGUUCCUGUGCCUCAACGGCACCGUAUUUGACCAGGAGACGAGGGUCUGCGAACGUGUAGACGAAGUGGACUGCAGCAAGACCGAGGGAUUCUACGACCUCAACCUCGAGCUGUACGGAAACAAUGCUGCUCUCAGCUACCACGAGACGGAGGAGGAUCCGGUGACGAUCCCAACGGUGAGCAGCACGCCCUCCACGACGACGACGACGACGACGACGACGGCGGCGGCGCCGACGACGGCGGCGCAGCUGUCGCUGGGUCUGGGACUGGGGCGCACGCCCGCCUCCACACACUACUCGUCGACGCCGUCGCCGUCGGUGGCUGCGGCGCUACUCAGCGUGCACUCCGCCCUCAGCAGGGACCGACAUCCCCACCCACACCUCACCGUCCAGGGCGGAGGAAGCAGCGGCGUGCUGAACCCAGCGGACGCCUUCCAGUCGCUGAAGACGUCGGUCGAGCCGCAGCAGUUCGUGUUCUCGUCGACGACGGCCAAGUACUCGAGCCCGGCGAGCCUGUCGGUGUCGGUGCACACGACGAGCGCGCCGCCGGUGGGCGAACCUCCGCAGCUGCAUGUGGUGCACUACCAGCCCGCCCACCACAUCUUCACCACGCCCUCUGUGGCCAUCGUGUCCUCCACCAGGAGCGUGUCCAGCGUCAAGGGCGUCGUCGGCAAGCUGGCGCCCGCCGUCGUUGCCGAAGGACACUCUCGGGUGCCUAUCAAUAAUUUCGCCUUCGGGAUCAACACGGGGCUAAAUCCCCCGCAGUUCUCCGCAGACAACGCCACUGCCCCGGGUCGGCAGUUGCCGGAACUCGCGGCGCACGACCCGUACGGCGAGUACCACGAAGCGGACGACGAGUCUCUCGACUCGUUCUUCAGGGACGUUCCGCGCAUCGCGAAGCAACCGAAACAGGUGCAGAGGCAGAAACGCGCCACCGGCAGAGGGGGCAGAGGUCGCUUCAGGCCGUCGCUGGACGCCCUGAAGGAAGAAUCCGGAGAGGAGGGACCCAGCCCCGAGGGUUCGGAAGUGUUCCUGCAGGAGGCGGCUGCUCCCCGAGCGGACGUCUACUUCCAGAAGAGGCCCAAAGCGCGCGGCCGACCCGACGAGCGCCGCAGGAGGCCCCAGGAAGACGCACUGCCCACCGCGGAGGCCUUCUUCAGGAGCACCAGGAUCGGCCAGCUGCAACAGGCGGCGACGCUGGCGCCGACGCCGCGAGCUUACACCGGGCCUCUCGUUACGGAACAGCCGAACGAAGUUCAGACGUCUACACUAGCGGCAGAGACGACGAUCAAACCCCGCGCGGCCACGCAGCAGCUACCGUACGGCCGGGGGAACGAAGUAGACGGGAGCGUCGGUGGACGGCGGACUGCGGCGGGCAGCCGCGGCUAUCCCGCCAGCCGGAGGCUCGGCCCCAGCCCCAGCCCUAGCCCCAGUCCCUCCCCCAGGGCGCCGGCGUGCAGGCGCGGGGCCGCUUGCGCCGAGCAGCGCUCGCCCUACCAGGCGGUGCUCGCAGAGGUCUCCCGCAGGCGGCCGGCCGCGGCCAGGCAGCCGGAAGCGCUCGCGCCACAGACGUCGCCCGCUCCCGAGCCUCCGGCGGCGGCGGCGACAGCCACGGCGAGGAGCGAACUCCAGACGACGGUGGACGCGGACGUGAGCACGGCGCCGCCAGAGACCUACGACUCGGCCAGUCCGUACAGCGCGGACUCUCGCAGGCCGUCAGGUAGAGGCCAAGCUCCGCCGGAGACCUACGACUCGGCCAGUCCGUACAGCGCGGACUCUCGCAGGCCGUCAGGUAGAGGCCAAGCUCCGCCGGAGACCUACGACUCGGCCGGCCCGUACAGUGCGGACUCUCGCAGGCCGUCUGGCAGAGGCCAGGCGCAGCCAGACAGCUACGACUCGGCCGGCCCGUACAGCGGAGACUCUCGUAGGCCGUCUGGCAGAGGCCAGGCGCAGCCAGAAAGCUACGACUCGGCCAGCCCGUACAGUGCGGACUCUCGCAGGCCGUCUGGCAGAGGCCAGGCGCAGCCAGAGAGCUACGGCUCGGCCGGCUCGUACAGUGCGGACUCUCGCAGGCCGUCGGGCAGAGGUCAGUCGCAGCCAGAUAGCUACGACUCGGCCGGCCCGUACAGCGGAGACUCUCGCAGACCUGCCGGCAGAGUCCAGCAGCCGACGCCCGCCAGCAGGCAGAGGUCGAGGAGCCGGUCGCAGCAGGGCGAGCCGGCGCAGAGGCGCGCUUCCUCGCGUCGUCCGUCGUACGACUCCAGGACAUCUUACGAGUCGGAGACGUCUUACGAGCAGGCGACUACCGUGCAGCAGCCGCAGCCGCCGACAGCACUGCCCGAGACGAGCUUCAGCUGCGCAGACAAGGUUCCCGGAGGCUACUACGCGGACAUCGAGGCCGACUGUCAGCUGUUCCACAUCUGCUCGCAGGGCAGGCACGGCAAGAUCACUGAUAACAAGUUUAUGUGUGGUCCCGGCACGAGGUUCAAUCAGCAGAGUCGUACUUGUCAAGCACGUGAAUUUGUGGACUGCAGCAUUUCCACGUCAUUAUACCACCUCAACAACCAUUUCCAGCCCACGCAACAAGAAGAUAUGAAUGAUGAACCUGGAUUUGAGCCCCUUAAAGUACGCCGUUCAAAGAGACAAGCGAAAGGUGCUGCAAGAAGUCCAGACUAUAUGGUAGAUAGCUUGCCAGAAACUUCAUUUACUUGUGAAGACAAGCCCUCAGAAGGCCUUUAUGCAGAUGUGGAAACACAAUGCCAGGGAUUUCAUCUCUGUCAGAAGGUGAAAGGCAUCAUGACCCUAGUAUCCACAUUUGUAUGCCCACACAAAACAGUUUUCAAUCAGCGUGAGGGAAACUGUGACAACUGGGCAGAUGUUGACUGCAGACUUUACUCACAACCUGAGCACAGUUUUGUCAGGAAACAAAAUAGGAAGCACACACAUAACAAAAGGGAUACAAGCCAAAUAUUGAAACCACUAGACUUAUUCACUUAUUCCAGUGGUGAGUCUGACAAUUUAAAGCAAAAUAUUUCAUCAAAAAUUCACCGUUUUAGUUCCAGAAGUAAGAAUAAUGCAUCAAGUACACCAAUAGCUGCAGGUUCCUUGCUCAGAUACAGUAAGCCAUCAAAAACGUCAAGCAGUGAGAAUAAGUUUGAGCAAAGUAACAGAAGAAAAUGGAUGAAAAUGGACCUGAAACUCGAUUUUCCACCAACCACACCUUCAUCUCACAAAAGAAUAAAACAUGAAGUUACUGAUGAAAGCAAUGAAACUGAGGAAGAAUAUUAUGACUAUAUAGAUGACAGUUAUGAAGCUGACCUUGUACCUCCUGAACAGGAAAAUUCAAAUUUGACAGCAUACAAAGACUCCAGUAAGUUUGAAGCUGAUUACAGUACACAUUUACAUUCUAAUAAUGAAAGUAUUGACACAGUAACAACAGAUUUGGCCCAUACUUCUUCAGAUGAGCUUCUAAUAGCAGAUAGCAAUAAAAGUGAUACAGAUUCUAAGGGAACCAUAACUACCUUGCCUUCCGUUAGCAGGUCCAGUAAUAAUCAAGAAAAUGUGAAAAUUUGUGCAGAAAAUGAUACAUGUGACUAUAAAGAUGAGUUGGAACACAUAACAAACAAGGAGGGAACAGUUGCCAGUUCUAAUCAUACUCACAAUACAGAAACCUCACUACAUUCAGCAGAAGAGCAAUUAGCCCAUUACCCCAGUAAAAAUAAUAAAACAUCAGCACCCUAUAAUGACGAAUAUGAAUAUUAUGAUUACUACAUAGAAGACAUUGAAGACGAAUCAGAUGAAAUAAUUAAUUACCCUAUGGAACAAACAACAGCUUCUGGUCUGGCUCAUGAUAGUGAAUCUUCCCCUGACAUUAAUAUCUCCAUUCCACACUCACUUACAACUACUGAAAAAUCAAACUCCUCUACAACCGAAUUGACAGUAUCUUAUACAAAGGUACCUAGCACAGGUACAAAUGCAAGUGAUGCUGAGGAUAAAUAUAACUUACCAGCAGUAGAAAUUGAAGAGGAUCUUGAAAUUACCCAAAAUAAACACUUGGAAAGCAGUUCCCAGAAAGGCGCAAGUGAACAUGAUGGUGAGAAUAAGAAACAUAAGAAAUCUGAGAGUAUCCCUGUGACUGAAAGUCCAGAAAUAUCUCUAGAGGAGCCUAUUUCACUUGUGGAUGAGAAGUAUGAUUAUUAUGAUUCUGAUUCAAAUGAUGAUGAUGCUCAGCUUAAUGUGACGUACAAGGAAGUUUUGAAUACGAAUUUUAGUUCCACUGAAAGGUCACAAAAAGAUAUAAGUGAUGCAAAGAAAGAAAAUGUCAUGCAUCAGCACAGCACAGAAGCCAUUAAUGAAACAAGCUCUUAUGAAGAUGUAAAAGACGUUACAGAAACUCAGGUUCCAGAUAUUGAGCAUCUUAAACUUCCUGAAGUUACAAAUUUUCACGAAGAGAGGACAGACCAUUCCACCACCCUACCAUCACCACUGGAUCAUGGUCACAAAAUGGAUAUGGACUUGUUUUCUGGGCCAAAUGUCUUACUAGAAAAUGGAUUGCCUGUGGUUCUUAACACAACUCUGGAUGAUCAAAACACUGGUAAUUUAGUUUCAGAAAAUGUUGCACAAUUUAAUUCAAGUAGUCUUCCACAAUAUACUGAAAAACACAUAAAAGAAUCUGAUGAAAAUAAUAACCAGUUUCAAAAUCCAUUACAAAAUGAUGGUAACGAAGCCAAAAGAAACAGUUCAUCUGAAAAUACAACGCUUCGUACUACAACUCCACAAGGUGCUCCUACUCUUCAAAUUCCUAACCUUUUUCACCCACCCAAGCCACACCUAGCCUAUCAUGGAAGACACUCAACUCCUCUGCUUCCCCCAGUAGUCAUUCGAUCAAAAGAUGGUGCCAAUCACAAAUCUAGAGUUAGGAACAACAGGCAUAAAACGAAGAAAACACAAAAUGAUGAGAUACAUACAACAACUGAGACUUUCAUAAAAAGUGAAAAUGACCCUAUUAUAUCAGUAUCUGAUAAUUACUUUUCAACAGAUAAGGAACUUAUCCCAAAUAAAGAUGAGAUAACAAUAACAGACUCAACAAAGAACACAGGAAAUAUGUUAAGAAUUUUAGGUACAGUGAAUGAAUUCAAAGUGGAACAAAAGACAGAGCCAAUUUUUCAGCAAGAUACUUCCACACAUCCUGAAGAAUCCAUAACAGUGGUGCCAUCUACAGAAAUUGCUCUUGGGCAGGCUGUAUUAGAAAACGACUUCAGAGUAAAGACUGAUGGCUUAGAUAGCUGCAAAGGAAAUGCUGGCUGUUUACAUGUGCAAAGUCAGUACACAACCUUGUCUCCUGUCAGUUACAAGUUUCAUAAUAAACAUACUGAUCACUUAUCACAUGUAUCUCAAACUGCUGGAUUUCUAUCUGAACACACUGAGAAGAACCUACAACAACCAAACUCCCUUGAACAAAGUACUUUCCAAAAAUUUAAGGGUAGUGAAGGGAAAACAAAGUCAGAUGAACAAGUAUUAGGGACUGACAUUCCACCAACAUCAUCAGGAAAUACUGUGGAUUAUGUAACAAUAACACCCAAGGUACAGUCAUUGAAAGAUGCAUCUGAAACAGUUACUACUGAAUCUCUGUUACCCACAUACACACUAUCUGCUAUUAAUGCCCAAACUAAUCAAAAAUCAAAUCAUGACAGUUCAAGGUUUGUGUGCUCAAGUAAAGAACUUUAUCGCUACUAUCCAGACCCAUUAGACUGUCGUAUCUUCCACUAUUGUUCUCAUGGUUUCCAUAACCAACAAGUACUAGAUUUCAGGUUCAUGUGUGAAAAUGGUACAGCCUUCAGUACAGACACUCAAAAAUGUGAAAAUGAAGAGGAAGUACAAAGCUGUUCCAUGACUAAAAAAUAAUGUGGCCAUUUACAGCUUACAGUCCUGUUGAAAUACAAAAUAAAACUGAAGCUGAUUAUUAUAAUUGGCUUAUUGUUGUGCUGAUCUGAACUGUGUUCACAGCUACAAUGGACAUUAAUUCAAAGUUGAAUUAGUGUUGCUUUGAUGACUGAAGUAAUAUAUUCUUCUAAACUUAUAUUGUACAUUAUAAGUAAUAGAGUUAAACCUUUUCUGGAAAACAGCAUAGGAUAUUUCAUGACAGCAGCAACAAUACCUUGUAUAUUGUGCUGAAAUGAAUUUAUCAAAUAACUUCAUUAUUGAAGUUUUGUCUAUGUGCUUUUCCGUAAAGGUUUUACUGUGUUACUAAUCAUUAAGCUUUUGUUUAUAUUUGUAGUAAAUACUCAUUAAAUACUGUGAAAAUGUGAAUAGUGUCUGAACAAUUCUAAUGGAUUUUUAUAGGCCCUGACAGUUAUGUAAAUGUUUGAAAUUUAAAUGAAACAGGUUUUGUUUCCUAAUGCUGUAUUUAAAAGAAAAAUUAAUUUCAUUAUAAAAUUGUGUAUUAUAUGUUGAAAGAUUUUCUCUUUGUUAUCAUUUUCAUUAUUUUUCCCAUAGCUGAACUAUGAUGUUUUCUGUACCCACAUAAUCUAUCCUUCGAGUGAUAUGAACCACUUUCAUACCAUGCUUUUGGAAUACGUGAUACAAAAUGCACAACUGUAGAAUUAAGUGUGCUUUCCCAUGUGAGCAAACUGUUGAUUCAUCUUAAAAAUGCUCUUGUGGUUUCCUGCUGUGUAAAGUCAGUUGAAUCUAUCUUUGUUCUCUUCCUUGUGACUCAAAAUUCAUACUGAAGGUGGAAGGAAUAUUUUCCAUGAACAUAAGAAUAUUUCUGGUCUGGACUACUGGUACUUACCUAGAAUUACAACAAUGGAGAAACACUUUUUUACAUAUCAUUGUAAUUCAAACUUAUUUCAAAUAUAAACAUGGAUACUGUAUAGUUUGUUAUGUCUCUCUAGGCUCUGUCUUUAGAACUGCAUACAUCAUCUUUCAUUACACCCAAUAUUUAUUUUUCAAACCAAAGUUCCCUUAAGUAGUUAUCUGUGGUAAGCUUGUAUAUAUUUCACCUUUAAGGAAAACUCUUACAAUUAAUACAUCUCUUUCUGAUGAACAUUACAAUUUACUUAUUUAGUUUUCAAUUUGCUUAUUUAUUUAUAUUCUAAGAGUUUAACUGUUACCUGAAUUGCCAACUUCCCCAAAUAGAACAGUGUGAAGAACACUAACUGGACAGACAGGAAUAUGAACCAGACUGAGAUUAAAUUCAUGUAGUUGAUUAAAGACUGUUAAUCUGGUACAUCAGCCAGCCUGAAUGCAGCUUUUAUGCAUUUUUCUACACUUAUAAAGGUAACUGCUGGACUGGUCUCCAAUCUCAGCUUUAGGAAAUAAGAUCAUAAAUAGUCAUAACACAGAAUACUUACAUGAUUCAUAGACAGAUCGUGCACUUGAAUGAAGCUAUCCUGUUGAGUGCGGCACCAGAGAGGGCAUCAAACCACAAAGUUAAAGUAAAAUAUUUUUAAAAAAUGCCAAGUCAAGAAAACAUAUGAUAGUAUAUAUUCUAAGGGACAUAGAACUGUUAGGAUGCUAUCCAGAAUAUUUGCAAACUGUAGUCAGUUCUGGUGCACUAUCUAGAUAAAGAGGUAAUAAGUAAAUUGUGCUCCAUACAAAGAACACAAGGUCAAUGGUUCAAAUGCACAUACAACCGUCCUAAUUUAGGUUUUCUGUGAUUUCCCUAAAUCAUUUCAGGCAAAUUCCAGGAUGGUUCCUUUGAAAGAAAAUGGCUGACUUCAUACUCCAUCCUUCCCCAAGCCAAUGGGAUCGAUGACCUAGAUAUUUGGUCCCCUCCCCUGAAUCAACGAACCAAUCAUACUAGCUAAAGUUAUACCAGUUUGUUACACCAGUAAAGUAGUUCAUGUAGAUAUUCAGAAAAUAGACUUGAGAAUAAGAAAUUAGUUAUAGUUCCAGUAUAAUGUUACAGUCAACCAUUUUUAAUUCCUAACUCAUGAAGUGUGGUCUCUCAGACCACAUGACAAUUUUUGAACUCACUCUCAAAGGUAAGCUCUGGUGGAAUGCUUCUAUACUCCUUUGUACCCUCCUUAAGUCACUACCCUCUCAAUGUUUUAUUGGCAGUUGCAUUAUCGUCUUAUUUGUUUGUUGUUGACACAUGAUGGGUUUCCUAGACUGUGCAUUGUGGACUACAUACCCAUAUUCUAGAGUACAGCACAAAAUGUGUUCACAGGAACACAUCAUUUUUAACACUCCAUAGUUUGAUGAAACUAUUGAUAGAAGGAGAAAGCUGUCAGUGGUAUACAUUAAGAAAUAGAUGAAAAUGGCAAUGAUUUUGUAUCACCCAUUGAUUUCAAUUCUGCAAGUAAAUAAAGGAUCAUCAGAGGAAGAACUUCAGACCUAUGGUGAUCGAAACCUUUCUGUUUCUCUAGCAAAAUAUGUUCACUGUUAAGUAAAAUUAAAUGUGUUCUAAGUGGUUGUAAAUAAAAUUGUAGACCCAGCACUGAAUGCCAAUCCUGUAGACUUCCUUUUUAUACCUAUUGAGUGCAAUUUAUAUAUGCAAAUUUAAACCCUGCAAUUUAGUUUUAUGUGAAAACUUAGUUGCUACAGAGAUACUAUAAUUUUUCAAACUGUGAAAUUCAGUUAUCUAAGAGUUUUUUAGGUAUACUAUUUAAAAAACAACACAAAAGUUUGGGAUUUUAUGUGAUAGAAGAAAAUACUGCAGACUUUAUUUGAUGCAAUGAAAUCAACAAGGAGUGUUUAAGCAGGACUUAA